AUGCCUUUAGUAUCUCAAGCCCCCUUCGACACCUUUGCCGAGCCAGAACCUAGUGAAAAAGAGGUUAGUCUCUACCGCUCUGCAUUUGGUCCCCCAGACUGGAGGGCAGGGCAUCGGUUGCCACGAGCCGGCCGCCUCAGCUUACAGCGGUCCCCUUUCUCAUUGCCGUGGCCGGUGUACGCGAGCUGCUCGGUUCCCGAAGCAGCGGUAGUGACCGCGUCUGCUGAAACAGCAGCCAAAGCUACGCGAUCACUACCAAAUGAAAUGGACACUUCGAAAACUACGCCACCCAUUCCUCCACACGGACCAUGUCCCAGACAUUCUGAUGGAGUUAACGAAAAAGAAGAGCCCACCACCUGCCCUCCAGACGGCGAGAGGAUGUGGCCAUAUCUCGAGCACGCCGGUACUUGCUUCUAUACAGCGAAUUGCCCUUUAAACUAA